CACAAACGACAGCAGUGAGUGAACAGGUGAACAUGAGUGUUUCACUCGCCUCAGACGGCGCAUGUUUUCUCAUGGAUGGAGUGGAAUAAGUCUAUUACAACUUAAAGUUAUUUUUUUAUUUUUUUUUAAGUGACGAAGAUGUCUAUAUUUCCCGUGGAGUGUCGGAUAGUUUUCAGCCCAGACGCUUUUGUUUUUUCUGAAGUCAACUAAUUCAUCAUCUACAUAAUCAGUUUUUUAUUUAUUUAGCAUUUUAGGCUUCUACCUGUAUAUUUUUAAAAAAUGGCUUUUGCCAAAUUCAGCAAGAUGAUCCGGUUUCCUGCACUUGAUAUCAAGAAGAAAACCAAGCAAUAUGAGCACGUUCAUCGGGAUGUAAAUCCAAACGACAUGUGGGAAAUUAUCGGGGAACUGGGCGACGGUGCUUUCGGUAAAGUUUAUAAGGCCCGGAAUAAAGAAACCGGUGUGCUUGCUGCAGCUAAAGUGAUCGAAACCAAAAGUGAGGAGGAGCUGGAAGACUAUGUGGUGGAGAUUGACAUCUUAGCAUCUUGCAACCAUCAGUACAUCGUCAAACUGCUGGAUGCCUACUUCUACGACAACAAACUGUCGAUAAUGAUCGAGUUCUGCCCCGGGGGUGCGGUCGAUGCCACCAUGUUAGAGUUGGACAGGGGUCUUGAAGAGCCUCAGAUCCGGGUGAUCUGUAAGCAGAUGUUGGAGGGUCUUCAGUAUCUCCACAGCAUGAAGAUCAUCCACAGAGACCUGAAGGCGGGAAACAUCCUCCUCACACUGGAUGGAGACAUCAAGCUAGCGGAUUUUGGAGUUUCUGCAAAAAACACCAAAACUCUCCAAAGGCGAGACUCUUUUAUCGGGACUCCAUAUUGGAUGGCUCCAGAGGUUGUGAUGUGUGAGACCAUGAAGGACGCUCCGUACGACUAUAAAGCGGACAUCUGGUCACUGGGCAUCACCCUGAUAGAGCUGGCUCAGAUAGAGCCCCCCCACCAUGAGCUGAACCCCAUGAGGGUCCUGCUGAAAAUUGCCAAGUCUGAGCCGCCCACCCUGGAUCAGCCCUCCAAGUGGUCAAUGGAAUUUAACGAUUUCCUGAAAAAAGCUUUGGAUAGAAACCCUGAGACGAGGCCGACGGCUGCUCAGCUUCUAGAACAUCCUUUUGCGAGUUCAGUGAAGACCAACCGUCCAUUGAGAGAUCUGGUGGCGGAGGCCAAAGCUGAGGUGAUGGAGGAGAUCGAGGACAAUCAUGAAGAAGGAGAAGAAGAAGACCCUGCUUAUGUCACACCUGUAGGGGCUCCAGUCAAAGACCCGUCAGAAACCAGUGAGACCAGUUCAUAUGGGGACCACCACGACACACGUCCCACUGAAACUCCAAUGGUGAUUGAGGAGGAGCUCAGGUCCACCGAAACCACUUCCAAAGAGCAGGAGGACAAUCUCAGCGACAAGUUUCCAGAGGAAGAUCAUGACAAACCCGAGAGCGAGGCGUCAGGCAAGGCCUCCUGCUCCGACUCCGGGAUCGAGGAUGGGAAAAGCACACCCACCUCUGAGGAGGACACCAAAGCGGUCGAGAGCUCAGAACCAGAACUUCCUUCGCUGAGGACCGCCGAACCUUCAGAGACACCAGAGUCUUCCUCAGACACCAAGCCGUCAGCGGGAUCAGAGAAACCAGAGGAAGAAGCUCACAGUGGAGAGAUGCCUAACCAGCAACCACAUCCCAUGCUGGACCAGACUUAUCCCAAAGAGCCGGCCAAUCGUGUGUCUGUGGUGAGCGACAGGUCCUCUUUGGCUGGUGAGGAUCUGGAAAGUUUGCUUCCUCACACAAACGGCAGAUUAUCAAAUCGAUACUCUGAUGUGGCCAGUGAAAACAUGGACAUCAGCCUGAACCUGUCAGGUGAUCUGUCUGUCAACAAGGAAAUGGGCACCAUCUCUUUAAGGGACUCCAAGAAGACGCUCAAACGCACCCGUAAGUUCUUGGUUGACGGUGUCGAGGUGAGCGUCACUACCUCCAAAAUCAUCACCGAUGAUGAGAAGAAAGACGAGGAGAUGAGGUUCCUCAGGCGCCAGGAGCUGCGAGACCUUCGUCUCCUGCAGAAAGAGCAGCAUCGUGCUCAGGUCGUGCUCAACCUGAAGCUGAAGGACCAGCGGGAACUGAUGCAGCGCAGAUUCGACCAGGAGAUGAAUGCCAAGAAGAAGUACUUUGACACGGAGCUGGAGACCCUGGAGAAGCAGCAGAAGCAGACCAUAGAGAAGAUGGAGAUGGACCACACCACACGACUGCGGGACGAGGGCAAGCGCAUCCGUGCGGAGCAAGAGAAAGCCCACAGCAAGUUCCUGGACCAGAUGAAGCACAAGAAGAAGGAGGUCAAACAAGAAGUGGAGAAACUGCCCAGGAGUCAGAGGAAAGACAGUCUGAAGGCCAAAAUGAACAACUUUCAACAGCUGAAAUCAAACGAGGAGGAGAAGUUCCUUGCGGAUCAGAGGGAUCAUCUGGACUCAACUCUGAAGAGCAUCAUUGCUGAAAAUAAGCGGGAAAUCUCCGAGACGGAGCGCCAGUGCCUCCUGAAGAAGCAGGCUCUACUCAGAGAUCGAGAGUCCACUGUCUGGGACAUGGAGGAGAAGAACUUGCACGAGAGACACCAGCUCCUCAAACAGCAGCUGAAGGACCAGUACUUCAUGCAGAGACACCAGCUCCUCAAGAAACACGAGAAGGAACAGGAACAGAUGCAGUGCUAUAACCAGCGCAUGAUUGAGCUCCUCAAAGCUCGACAGCAACAGGAGAAGAACAGACUCCCGAAGAUCCAGCGCAGCGAGGGCAAGACACGCAUGGUCAUGUUCAAGAAGAGCCUGAAGAUCAACUCCAACGGAAACUCAGCGGAAGACCGCGAGAAGAUCAAGCAGUUCACCAGGCUGGAGGAGAAGAGGCAGAAGGCCGAGCGACUGCACCAGCAGCAGAAACAUGAUAACCAGAUGAGAGAGAUGAUCAGCCAGUGUGAGGGGAACAGCAGAGAGCUUCAGCAGCUGCAGAAUGAGAAGUGUCACCUGCUAAUAGAAAACGAAACGCAGCGUCUGAAGUCACUGGACGAGCAACACAACCAGCAGCUGAAGGACUGGAGAGAACACCUCAAGCCCAGGAAGAAGGUCCUGGAGGAUGAACUGACUCUGAGGAAAAAAGAGCAGGAGAUUUUCUUCAGGAUGAGUGAAGACUCCGAGUGUGUGAACGUCGGCUCACCGAACAAACUCACCAAGUUCCUUCCGUACGUGGAUUCCUCCACCACAUGAGCGCCACACACACACACACACACUCACAUCCAGAUCCACAACAAGUGUUUGAGCUUUUUUAUUUGUGUAGGAGGCGUGA